UCAAACACUGUACUACAGCAAGUGGGAGCAGAUGGUCUCUAAAGCAGCCCAAAAAGUUCAGUUUGAACCAGUUUCUGGAGGUUUAUGGGCAAAGUAUGACACAGGGGAGAUUAAAAUAGUAACUUAUGUAGCAUUCAGUCUUCUUUAAGGAGUCUUUUGAAUGGCAACAGAAGAAAUGCUGUCUGCUGUGCUUCAGUAAACCGCGCUUCUCUUCGACAAAGGAGUAUCUGUCCGUUGUGCAGCAGGUGGAUAACUGCGCUCAGGUGAGGUGGAAGCACUGUGGUGUGGUUUAUACGUGAGGAAUCAACCUGGUCGACGUUUCCCGUUUUGCCUCGAUCACCUGAAAACAGUCAGAUCAAAGCUGAUCAAGGUGGGAUAUAAAUCCACAAUGAAUGUUGGACCUUGUGAAAUGGACGCAAGCUGAUGCCCCUAAGUCCCAGUCUGCCCCCACUUGGCCCUGCUGGUCCCAGGACGAGAUGGCAGCCAGCUUGGACGUGAUGGCCGUACCUGGAGGAGUCGUGGUUGGGAGUGUUUUACUGCUGGUGCUGAGCAAUAAUCCUGUAUGGGGAAAUUAUACCAGUCUUGGGAGAGAAAACCCUUCUAACAAUUCAACAGGACCCAACAUUGCUGCUAUCGUGGCCCCCACGGUCACCCUGGGUGUUCUGGCUAUAGUCUUAGCUGUUCUUGCAUGGCUUUUCUGUGUGGUGAAAAAGAAGAGACAGACUGAAGGGACGUAUAGACCCAGUGCUGAGGAACAGUCUGGUGCAUGCAGUGCAGUGGCACCGGAUGCAUUAAAGCUACCCAAAGAGGAAAGACUCAUAUGAGAUUUUGCGCUUUUUAAUUGCACAUUAUUCUGUGAGGAGACUGGCUGAAAAAUUUUGCCAUGCAGUGUCAACUCGAUGCAAUGCGACGAUGCUCUUUCUUUGAGCAGAUGAAUGAAAGCAAAUCUCCAAAUGCAGGAAAGGACAGGUUGUCAGGUGUGUUUGUGGAAACAUGAUGCUGCCACUUCAGAACUUACAAGUCAACAAGCACCAUAUGGUACUGUGAAGAGAAACCCUUGGCUGUAUGGACCGAGCUGAUUUCAAGAAAAAAUGACAUUUCAAAGAUGUUUUGAGUAUUUCCUCUCUACAAAUGAAAUCUGAGCAGCAGUAUUUGUCUCAAUGGAUAUUUGAGAUUAGAAAUAUUUCACUUCUUAAUGUCUUAAUACAUUUGAUCCUUACUCUUGAUUCAUUGAAUCUAUUAUUUCACCUGCAUUGUCUACACUGAUCUUUAAUGUUAAGAUAUUUUUUAUUUUUGCUCAUGAGAAUCGUAAUAAGUUGUUCUGAAUAAAAAUCAAGGAUAUUUUCAGCCUAACAAUGAGAUAAAACUAUUUUUAUUUUAGAAAAAGGGGUUGAGCUACACUGGUAAAUUACACUAAGGAAAGCAAGCAAUUGUUUACACUCAAGAUUUCAUACAUAAUGAAAAAAAAUCUAACAUGUAUGUGUUGAA